AUGGGCCAUCAAGUGGUCAAUCUCCGGAGCAAUAUUGGUGCUGAUGAUCUCAGUGAAAUUCGACGUUUCGCCGAGUUUGCCUCCGCUUUUCCUGAGCAACAGAUGACAAAAAGUCUAGUCUUUUUGCUUCGAGACGCACCAAAUUACAAUAUCAGUGGAGAGGAAUUCAUUGAGAAUAUUUGGAGACGUUGCUCAACAUCGGCCGAUCUCUCGGAAAUCACGCAAAUGAUCAGCAAUCGUUUUCAGCAUAUCGGUUGUAUUUGUGCCCCGGCUCCAUCACAUGAACUUCGAAUUGCUUCGGGAGCUUUUCGAGUCACCGAGAGUGACUGGCCCCUGUUAAACGCCUUUGAGGAGCUGAAGAGAAAAGUGAUCGAUCAAAUUUCAACCUACGGAAGCCAUCAUCCGGUGACAAUCGAUUAUUGCAAAAAAGCCGCUCAAUUUUUUGUUCACGAGGCUCCAAGGAUCACCACCUCGGUUCAAGUGAUGACAGAGGCGAGAAUGGUUCAAGCGGUUCGGCAUGCACUCGAUCUUUAUUCUGAUGAACUAAAGAAAGCCCAAUUCGAAAACCUGGAAAUCAUUCACGAGGAAGCCAAACGAAGAGGCCUUCACACUUUUCAAAGCCAAGAUGCAACAAUUGAGAAUAUCGAGCAAAUGAAAGAGAGAUUUCUUUCAGGAAUUGAGGGAUCUUAUCAAGAAGUUCCGAGAAUCGAUCAACUUGAGGGAUAUGUUUUUUCGAAGCUCAAGAAGAUCUCAAAAGAGAUCGAGUUGGUGGGACGAGUUGUAGCGUUCACUUCGGAUUUUGUUAAUAUUAUUCGAACACGGGCAGAGAAUCGUUUUAGAGAGGCAAUCCGCGAAUCUCAUGGUGUUCUCGUAAAAAGUUGGGAAAGGCGAGAACAGUUUGAGAAACAGCGAGUUGCAAAUGAACAGAUGCUGGCCGAUUUGGAGCAGCAAGAAGCUCAAAGAAAAGCCUAUCUUUCUGAACAAGAAAGACAAAAUGCUGCUAUUGAAGAAGCAGAGCGAAGGGAGAGAAGUUCAUCUCGGAAUCUCAUCGAAUUCGAUCCUUUCCCUAAAGUUGAUGCUAAUCAACGAGAACAGGAGGAAAAAGAGAAAGAAAUACAAAGGCAACAGCAACAAUUCGACCACAAGUGGCUUCUAGAAAAGAAUCACGAAAUGGAGAGGAAAGUCGAAGAAGAAAAGCAAAGAUUGCAGAAGGCUGAAAAAGAAUUGAGAUUGCGUCAAAUGCAAGAUGAUCUAAUAAGACGAGACAAUGAGGCAAGAGAGCGAAAAGAACGGGAGGCAAUCGAUCGUCGUUGGCAGAAUGAGCAGAGGCAGAAGAAUCGAGAAAUCGAGAAUGAUAUCGAAAGGAGAAAGUUUGAAGAAAAUCAAAUACUAGAGGGUUGGCAAAGUGAACUUCAAGCAGCUAACCUGGAACGUCAGAGGAAAGCCGACUCUCGUCAACAACAAAUGAGCGAUGCAGAAAAAAUGAUGCUACAGCCGACACCAGCACCCCCAUUGACACGAGAACAAAAGAAUAAAGUUGAAAUCGACAAACGAAUACAGCAGUUUCAAGGAAUGCUUCAAGAUAUGGUUGCGCAAAGCCAACUCGACCAUCCGUUCACCAAAGAAAAAGCGAGUGUACUGUGGAGACAAUUAGAGAUCCUUCUCGAGAAUGAGCUCGCAGAACUUCGAAACACGUUUUACGGAGAUUUCUCAUAUGCAAGGGAAACGCAAAUGAAAGACCUGCUCAAUGGCGAGUAUUCCAAAGUAGUCGGACAUGCCGACGACGAGUCAUUUGAGUGUUUGCAAGCCGAAGUGUGCACAGAGGAGAAAAACACGAGAGAAAAGGGAUGGGUUAGCGCCGCAUGGAAUUCAAUUUGUUUUCGAGUUCGCCAAAAACGACGACAAGGCACU